GCCGGGUACCGAGUGUAACGCCAGCCUCCGAGCGGCAAAUUCACUGUUCGAGGCUAGCGCGGCAGUCACGUGGCGGGUGCGCGGCUGGGCGCGGGUCGACAGAUCUCCGACUCUGGUCGAGCCGGCGGCAACGUGGGGCAGAGGUGUCUCUAGGCUGGUGCACGGGACCCCGUUUCGGCAACUUUUGAAGCAGUGCAAUGGCGACUCCAGUCAGCGGGUCUCACAAGGAUGCCGACCUGUGGCCCUCGCAUGAGAAAAUGAUGGCACAGCCCCUGAAAGACAGCGACGUUGAGGUUUACAACAUCAUUAAGAAGGAGAGUAACCGGCAGAGGGUUGGAUUGGAGCUGAUCGCCUCCGAGAAUUUCGCCAGCCGGGCAGUUUUGGAGGCCCUAGGCUCUUGCUUAAAUAACAAGUACUCUGAGGGGUACCCAGGCCAGAGGUAUUAUGGCGGGACUGAGUUUGUCGAUGAGCUGGAGAUCCUCUGUCAGAAACGAGCGCUGCAGGUCUAUGAUCUGGACCCCCAGUGCUGGGGGGUCAACGUCCAGCCAUAUUCAGGCUCCCCUGCCAACUUCGCAGUGUACACCGCCCUGGUGGAACCCCACGGGCGCAUCAUGGGUCUGGACCUGCCCGAUGGAGGCCACCUGACCCAUGGCUUCAUGACAGAAAAGAAGAAAAUCUCGGCUACAUCCAUCUUUUUUGAAUCUAUGCCCUAUAAGGUGAACCCGGAGACUGGCUACAUCAACUAUGACCAACUGGAGGAAAACGCCCGCCUGUUCCACCCGAAGCUGAUUAUCGCAGGAACCAGCUGCUACUCCCGAAACCUGGACUAUGCUCGACUGCGGAGGAUUGCCGAUGACAAUGGAGCGUAUCUCAUGGCGGACAUGGCGCACAUCAGUGGGCUGGUAGCGGCGGGCGUGGUGCCCUCGCCCUUCGAACACUGCCACGUGGUGUCCACCACCACCCACAAAACGCUGAGAGGCUGCCGAGCCGGCAUGAUCUUCUACAGGAGAGGAGUACGCAGCGUGGAUCCCAAAACCGGCAAAGAGAUUCUGUACAACCUGGAGUCGCUCAUCAACUCUGCUGUGUUCCCAGGCCUGCAGGGAGGUCCCCACAACCACGCCAUUGCUGGUGUUGCUGUGGCCCUGAAGCAAGCCAUGACGCCAGAGUUCAGAAUCUAUCAGCGCCAGGUGGUGGCCAACAGCAGGGCUCUGGCUGCGACCUUGAUGGAGCUGGGCUACACGGUCGUGACAGGUGGUUCUGACAACCAUUUGAUCCUCGUGGAUCUCCGUUCCAAAGGCACAGAUGGUGGCAGGGCUGAGAAGGUGCUAGAAGCCUGUUCUAUUGCCUGCAACAAGAACACCUGCCCAGGUGACAAAAGUGCACUGCGACCCAGCGGGCUGCGACUGGGGACCCCAGCACUGACGUCCCGAGGACUUCUGGAAAAAGAGUUCCAAAAAGUAGCCCACUUUAUUCACAGAGGGAUAGAACUGACUCUGCAGCUUCAGAGCGACGUCGGUGCCAGAGCCACCCUGAAGGAGUUCAAGGAGAAGCUGGCAGGGGACGAGAAGCACCGCAGUGCCAUCAGGGCUCUCAGGGAGGAGGUGGAGAGCUUCGCGUCUCUCUUCCCUCUGCCUGGCCUGCCCGACUUCUAGAGGAGCCACCGGCCACAGCGCCUCAGGGCCAGAGCAUUGGGCCUGUCCAGGAGUGCCUGCCCGACGACCCUGGCCCUUCUGAGGAUAGGGAGAAGCACCGCCAUAGGGGACCUGUCACCUGUGUGCUCUCGGAGGCUUGCUGUGGGGACUUUUCUCACGUUACCUUCUUCACAAAUCAAAAUCUGUUUAAGGCCCAUUGUUAGUAAUUCUGGGACAAGUUAUUAAGGAGUUUAAAUCUGAAUCUCAGUUGCUACACAGCUAUAUAGUUACUCUGGAAAAAUGAAACACCUCUUUAGCCUUAAUUAACUUAGAUAGGGGGACAGGGCAAAGCUAUUAGAAAGAUUCAGUAAGUUUACUCACCCUUCUCAGUUACUGGGCUUCCCCCAAUCAAUGCAGCAGAUAAAAAACACCCAAGUUUAUAGCUUAUAAAAGCUGCCCAUUCUUAACAUUUUGUUACCAGGUAGGACGCCAAAGGAGACCAGAAUUAUGACAUUACAACUGAAGAGGGAAAUUCUCAAGUUUUGGCUGUGUGCUUUCAAUCAGAAUUCUAAGUUAGACAAACCUAUGCAAGGUGCCCCCCAAUAUGGUUUCUCUGUUAGCAGCUGUGGAAAUGGUCUCCUUCACCCGCCAUCCCUGGGCAGGUGGGAGCGCCUGGGGUACCUGGUCCUCUCCUGGUGUCAGCAUCAGGCCAGGGGUCCCUCUCCCCUGCUUGAGAACCAGCUCCCUCCUGCAAUCAGGAAACCAAAGGUCAUCUUCCCAAAGGGAGUUUAUUUUUCACAAAGCUGAAGUGCAAAACAUAAAUGACCAUUUGUAAUAAGCAAUCAAAUUUUUAACCACAGAAUGUCUACAAGAAUUAUAGCUUUAAAAAAUACAACCAAUUUUUGUAUUUCAAAAAUAACGCAAAUAAAUUAGUUUCUUAGAAAGUA